CUGCAGCCCAGCACCGGCAGGACGGCUGGGGACCUGGCUUCUCUCUCUCUCUCUCUCGUUCCUUAAAUUUUUACUUGAGAAUUUUAAAGAAAGGGACCUGGAAAGCUAUUUUGCUGGGCUAGAGGGGCCGUGGGCCUUCCCAGCGCGGAGGAAGGAGGGCGGUCAGGCCGGGUGGGGCUGGGUGCGGUGGCUCUGCAGAACCUUUAGGCACCGAACUGAAGCCGCGGGUCCGGUGCGCGGACACUGCGCAGGGCGCUGCUACCGAGUCACAUGCAUGCGAGGACCCGCUCCUAGGCGUUCUGCCUUCCUGGACGGAUUGUUGGUAAAACGUCCCCUAGAACGGCCGGAGCCAGGGCCCUCAGACAGGGGCGCGAAGGGCCCGCUCUUUGCCGUCCUCGGGUUUCCCAACGCGGUGGUCGUGGCCCGCGGGCCCCACCUCGCGGCCCGCCUGGCCGGCCGGAGGAGCAGCGGAGGCCGAGCACUCCCCGGUCUCGGGUUCAACUUCAAUAAAAGGGCCCAGCCCACCCUUGAUCACGCGGCUUGCCUGACAGCCCGGCUCAGGCCCGGGCCUAAUUGAGCCCGGGUCACCUGGGAAUAGGUUCAAAGGCAUCAAAGCCGUAAACCACCUCCAGGCCCAGAGCCAGAGCGGCCUGGCGAACAAAGAGCCCCCGAACCACUUCAAACGCGCUCGCGCUCGGCGUCCAGAUGGCCCGGGGCCGGGGUCGGUGGUGUCGCUCACCGAGGCCGGGCCCCACACUCCAGCCACCCUGAGCCUCCUGCUCGGAGCUGCCCGCGGGCGGCCAGCGCAGCGGAGGCUGGGCCCGGGGAAGCCUCGUGCAGCUCCCGGAGCGCCCUCCGUCCUCUGCUGACCCGCGAAGCGAAGGCGGAGCGCAGAGGCUGGGGCCGUACAAGGCGGGCCGGCAGGCGCCCCAACCCGCGCCCAGCAACCCGGGUAGGGCCAGGCAGGCGGGCGCGGCGGGUACCGGGCGCUCCCGCAGAGGCUCGCUGUGGCGUCGUUUUAAAGCUGUUAGAAGGAAGGUUCGGGAAGGGCGUCGGGGCCGGGGCUCCCCAGCAAGCCGGGGUGAGAAAUGGUCCCCGACACGCACGCUGGCCGAAGGGUGGCAUCUCCACGGAUCUUGGCGGCAUGUCCUUGGGCACGGGCGUCUCCAGGGGGCCCCGACUGUCCUUACACUGGCGGUCCGGACACCGAGACCCCUGCCCGCGCAGCUCCCCAGACCCCAGGCCUAAGCUUGCGGGCCGCGGUGCAGGCUAGCUGUGCGCCCGGGGGCGGCCAAGACCCACACAGGUCGAGGAGGCUCCUGGCUGCGUCCUCAUCUUCGGGGAGCGCAUCUGGGACUGGACUCGCCUCUCUAGCCCCUCACGCCCAGAGAGAGAACCCCCCAGAGCCCAGUGAGGGCCGAUCUCUACGUUAAGGCGUAGACAAAGCCAGGCUUGGCUGGGCCUAGGGCUCGGGGCGGCCUGAGAGUGCCCUGCGUUCGGGGUGGGGGCGCGGGCGGCGGGCGAGGACCCGGCCCCCGGGAUGCCCUCCGCGCCGGGGCCGAAGGGGGAGGCAAAACUGAAAGUGCCGCGCCGGGGGGCGGGGGCGGCCAGCGAAGGCCCCAGAACUUGUCCUGCCCCCGGCCACCGCGGCCAAUCAGCGCGCCGCCCUAGCUCCUGACAACUAUUUAGCAACCCAGCCCGGCUAGAGUUUCCAAAAAAGUUAGAAUAACUUCCUCUGCCGGAGACCUCGGUUUUGCACAAGCCGGCCUUGAAAUCAGAGCCUUUCCAGCAACUCCGAGAGCGUGUGCUCGGCGACCGCGGGCUUGGCCAGCGGCGCGCGCUCGGCGCCCCGGCGCCCCCAGCCCCACGCGCGCCGGGCGGGCGCCAUGGAGGAGGGCUCCAGCUCGCCCGUGUCCCCCGUGGACAGCCUGGGCACCAGCGAGGAGGAGCUCGAGAGGCAGCCCAAGCGCUUCGGCCGGAAGCGGCGCUACAGCAAGAAGUCGAGCGAAGAUGGCAGCCCGACCCCGGGCAAGCGCGGCAAGAAGGGCAGCCCCAGCGCGCAGUCCUUCGAGGAGCUGCAGAGCCAGCGCAUCCUGGCCAACGUGCGCGAGCGCCAGCGCACCCAGUCGCUCAACGAGGCCUUCGCGGCGCUGCGCAAGAUCAUCCCCACGCUGCCCUCUGACAAGCUGAGCAAGAUCCAGACGCUCAAGCUGGCCGCCAGGUACAUAGACUUCCUCUACCAGGUCCUGCAGAGCGACGAGAUGGACAAUAAGAUGACCAGCUGCAGCUACGUGGCCCACGAGCGCCUCAGCUACGCCUUCUCCGUGUGGCGCAUGGAGGGCGCGUGGUCCAUGUCCGCCUCCCACUAGCGCCGCGCCACCCACCUCCGGACCGGCGCGCCAGGAGGAGAUUCUGAAUGAUGCUGCCAUUGCCAGACCUUCUGCUACCAAACAGAGUGAAGAGGAAGAGGGGGCAGCGUUUGGUCAAGACAGCCCACGAAACGUUGGUGGGAGUGAGCACAUUAGCAAUGGCUAAGAACACGCUUGCAUCAUUUGUAACAACCCAGGACAGAGAUGCCACAAGAGGACUUUGGGGAAAGUCAAAUCCACUCAUACAUCUUGGAGUUGUUUCUUCAAGUUCAGAAAAUGAACCUUCACCAAGGUCUUAGACCAUGAAGCAGAGACUCUGGUGCUGACUCUAUCAUUUGAGCUCCUAAGGGUACUCAUGCCCAAUGGAGCGUGCACACCAGCAACACCGCCAACACCAUCUCGGUGUCCCACCCCUUAGAGGAGGAAGAGGACACAGAGGGGCGCCCGGUAAUAACCCUCCUUUCCUCUCUUCCAGCCCACCACAUCAUCUUAAUAAAACAUGAAGGUAACUGAAUGAGUACGACUCCCUCAUGAUCAGUUUAAUCCUGUGUCUCUGUUGAUGUUGCUCAGUUAAGCUUUUUCAUGGGCUCGUUCAGUAUCUCGCUCUCUCUGUCUCUUUCCCCAUGAGACUUACACUCUUCCGGCCAGAUUCUGGUGCCCUGGGCAUGUUUAGGAAUCAAAUCCUGGCAUUUGGCUGAAAUUAAUGCAAUUAAAUUAUCAGUUUCUCAAAUGCCAUCUACAAAUUACUUUUUUGUUUGUUUUAGACACUCCUUUGUUUUAAAACCCUCGCUUUGGCACUGGAGGCAGACUUGGUGGUCCUCUGGAAAGUCGAUUCUCUCCCUUCACACUCCUCAGAGGCCCUGUGGUUAGGCAGGGCCACAGGACUAGUUCCAGCCAAUGAGCUUUGGGAGGAAGCCUUGGCACAGCUUCCAGGCUAAAGUUCAGAAGAAGCUGUGUGCAGGACGUCAGGUCUCUUCUGCUGCCCCAAGUGCCUGAAGAGGCCGCAGGUUCUCAAGACCGUGGAGGCUCUACCAGCCUGAGUCCCUUCGUGACUGCGUGGAGCAGAGUCCCUGCCAACCUGAAUGAGCAAGAAGCAAACGACUGCUGCAUGAACCUCCUGAGAUUCAGGGGCUUCUAUGUUGCAGCGUGAAGCCUAACUUGUUCUGCCUGACACAGCACUGACAUGAGCAGGAAAACCAUCUCAUAACCCACGGCCGCCUCUCGUGCUGUCCUGAAAGCCUUAUGCAGGCAGACUUUGCAUGUGAAACGGGUGGACCAUUUAAAAUUCAUGUGAGAGGAGCUCAGUUCCGAAAGACACUUUUCACUCAAGUUUUUUACAAAUCACAAAAUGUUCCCAAGGUGUAACCAUAGCUUCAUUUGUUAUUUACUAAAUGUGGCUCUGUAUGCCAGAUUUCUUUAAAGUAACUCAAAUGUUAGGAUGUUGAGAGAUAUAACCAUUUUGCACUUUGCCUAAGCGUUAUUUGAAUUCUUAUCUUUGGCUCAAGGUCUACUGCCCUGUUUUCAGAGUCCUGUCUCCAUUUCAGGUUUUGUUGAAGUGUUCUUCCCUCUACUCGCUUUCAUCCUUGUUUGAUUGCAGGGCCGUGCGUUGUUUUAAAGCAGAUUCAACCUGAAUUCUUUAAAACUGCACAGAACAUCUGCAUCACAUCUAUUUAUUGACAAAGCUUGAUUAAAGACAACCUGGGAGGGAGGUGGAUUUCUGGACCAAGGAUUGAAAGUAGAUGGCUGGAUUCCCUUAUAAACAUCGACUUUGACACCACUCUGUAUAUUCAUGGGUUCUGUAUUAGCAAAAGAAAUUACUCUAGGAUGUUGAGAUGAAGUUUAAAUGGUAAUUACAUGCAUUAAAAAUGGCCAUUUAAGGGAAGGAUGAUUCCCACGUAAGGAGUGUAAGAAGUCGUAGCCCCUGAUUUAGUCAGAAAUAUUGUAGCAAGCAUUUGGAGACUUCAGUUCGCUAUGCAGCUUGCAUAAUAACGGCGAAGUCCUGUUCAGGAUCCCUAGAUCUUAGCUCUGCCAUAUUUCAACCAAAAUUAGUCAUUUCUGGCUUUCAAACUCAGGAACAUUGUUGCAACUCAUGAAGAAGUAAAUGCAAAUAUUUGGAAAAAUACACAGCUAUGCAUGUCACACGUGCAUGUGAGAUUCCCACCAAUGACUGUCCAGGCUGAUUCUAGCAGAGAGGAGGAGACUGGAGAUGUUCUUUGACACGCAAGUGGUUGUAACUGUUCUCUUAAAAAAAUUCCAGUGUCAUCCUUGGGUCUGUCCUAGUCACACAUUCCCAGGGUGGCAGCAGGCAUCAUAGGGCAGGAAGUGGCCAUCCCUGGAGCCCUGGAUCCCGCAGAGGACUCCUGGAGGCAAUCUUAGAAGUCCAGCCCAAAAGAAGAGCCAGGUUUGAUUGGACUGUCAUUCAGUUCCCCGAAUUACACUGAAUUCUGAAUCGUGGACUGGGUAGGAACACUGUGAGUGUAAAAUCUCCACCCUCAAACCAUGAAUUCAGUAAAUCAUGACUCGGGCAAACUUGGGACAAGGGUGGCCCUCCUUAGAGAAGAAGUGUGUGUGUAUAUGUGUAUCUGCAUGUAUAUAUGGUACAUAUAUUUAUAUAUACACACAUAGAUAUAUACAUAGACGUGUGUACCAUAUGUACACAAACUGUAGAUGGUGGGUGUGUAUAAAUAUGUGUACACCACAUAUAUAAAUAUCAAAGACCCUAAAGCCACUGCCAGCCUGCUCUUCCAGAGCCCAGACUGUCCCCCACCCAUCCCUGUGUUUCUUGGGUCCAGAGCAGAGCUCCGUGCUCACUUUGCGCAUGGUAGAUAUUUGUUGUUGAGUUGUCUCAUCUCAAAGAAAAUUAUAUUUGUAUUUAUUCCUUCAUAGUUACCUGAGUUAUCUAAGCUGCAGUGAAUAGUCCUCUACAGCCCCAGUGCAGUCGUAACAUGGAGUAGGAUUCCACCCCUCACAGGCUGGUGGCCACAUUUGUAAAUGACUGCUCUGAUGCUCUGAUACUCAGUGCGUUCAUUACAGAUUUCUUAACAUUAAGUGAGCACCUGCUACGUGUUCUCCCACUUGCAGGGCAGGUAGUACCAGCCCAUUUUAUAGAUGAGAAAUGGAUUGCCAAGGAUGAUAUAUAAGUGUAAGAACCCACAUGUCGGCGAGGGUGCCCGGCUGGCUGGAGAGAAGAGCUGCCUGGGUGGAGGCUGCCCAGCCUGGCUUGUGCCUUCACAGAGGUGCAAAUGGGCCAGGGGGAGCCUGCUCCCAGGGCUUAGUUUUCAAGGACAGCUGCGUGGAGGAUACGUUCUUAAAGACGUCCCUGGAGAGCAAGGUUCACCUGGGGCAGUGGAGCCUCCAGAGCAAAGGCCUGCAUUGGCCUCUGCACAUGGCCAGGGAGGUGACAGCACCAGGGAUGCCACACAGCCAGGAGCCUGCUGGGCUGGGGUCAGCCAGGCCACCUGCCAUGCUUGUGGCCACUCCAGCCUGUAUCCCCACAGACGCUGACUGCUGCUCUGUGCAGGACCGGCACACUGAGAGCACACCCCGGCCCGCGCAGGGCAGGCACCCCUCCAGAGCCUGGGUGAAAGUCCGGCACCUCCCCAUCAGGUCCUCAGCUUAGGAGACGGCCACUGAGAGCCCGUGAUUGCACAAGACUUGUGAAAAAGAGGGAACGCAUUCUAAAGCCACACGAUCCAGGUGAUCCUUCCCCACUUAGGGUUUUUGUUCCAGAGGUAUGACCAGAAAUGUGUGUGCAUGUGUGGCCAACUCUCAUUCAUGUCAUUUUCUAGUUCUGGAAAAAAAUUCACUGUUUAGGAAAAUAUAGAAUAUUCAAAAACACAUUGAAAAUAAAAUCAAAUGCCAUAAGA